AUGUCAUAUGAAGAUGGACCGAGCAUGUUCCAAGACCAGCUGGCGGAGAAGGUCCGGCCUUUCAUAGACUUAAUAGAUGACUUGAGAUCCAUAGGGAUAGAUAAGGAGAUGCCACUGCCAACCAUUGCUGUGGUGGGAGACCAGAGUUCAGGAAAGAGCUCUGUGCUUGAGACCCUUUCUGGGGUGGCGCUGCCCAGAGGGACUGGUAUUGUCACCAGGUGCCCACUGCUACUUAAACUGUGUAAUGACAGGUCAGUGAAAUGGGAGGCUGUCAUCUCAUACGGAGGCAAAUCAAGAUAUGAAUUUGACGAACCCUCAGAAGUCGUGAGACACGUUGAACAAGUCUACAAGCGAAGGGAAAAGGUGAGAGGAGGAGAAUCCCUCUUGCGUCAGGAGAAGGCAACCACCAAGUGCCUAGCCACUAAGCUCAGCAAUGCCCUGGUCAAACAGAUCAAGAAAAACCUGCCCCAGAUCUCAGAGAAGAUAAAGGAGCAGCUGGCGGAUGUAAAGAUUGAAUUGAGUAAAAUAGAGUGUGGGCCUCCCCUGGAACCUGAAGAGAAGAGAAAGUACCUCAUUCAGGUCAUAACAGAGUUCAAUGAGCAGAUUACCCAACUGUCCACAGGGGAUAUUAUCGUUGUGGAAAAUCUAUUUGAGCUCAUGCGAAAGGCAUUUAUAGACUGGAUGGAAUGUCUGAAAUAUGCCAAAUCAAAUUACAACGAUGAAGUGCAACAAGUGGUCAAUGAAUAUGACAAGGAACACAGGGGAAGUGAGCUGCCUGGUUUCAGUAACUACAGGGUAUUUCAACAUGUUGUUCAGAAACUAGUGGCUAAACUUAAGGAUCCAGCUAUGGCGACACUAGAGAAAAUCAGAGAAAUGGUGCAGAAGCAAUUUGAUCAUUUGUCCAGAGAGAGCUUUAAGAAUUUUCCUUAUCUUCAAAAGUUCUCAACGAAAAAAAUUGAAAGAAUCCAGGAAUAUCAGUCAAAAAUAGUGAAGGAGAGGAUCAAGGAGCAGUUUGAGAUGGAGAUGCAGGUCUACACACAGGAUGAAAUCUUCAACAAGCAUAAUCUUGAGGAGGGGGAAACAAGAGACAACUCAGAGCACGACACCAGGAGCAAGUACCCAGGGCUGCUCAAGUCAUACUAUGAGAUUGUGGUGCAAAGACUGGCUGACCAGGUGCCCAUGCUGAUCCGUUACUUCAUCCUCAAGCAGUCAGCCAAGAUUGUGUGCAGUGAAAUGCUGGAACUGCUACACAGAGACGACACUGAUAACAUCCUACAGGAGAACUUGGAGAUCGGACAGUAUCGUGCAAAGUUGCAGGCCCAAGUGGAACGCCUUUUACUGGCCAAUGACAAAGUCAGCAGCCUCUGA